CUCUCUGGGUGGCCGUCUCCUGGGGUGGGCGGUCUGUCUUCCGCAGCAUGCCCCGCCCCCUCACUGUCUCUCCCUGCAGGUUCUCUCCCCAUGACACCACCUGGACGUCGCUACCUCCCGAGGGUGCGUGGCACCCCCCUCCGCCUCCUCCUUCUGGCUCUGCUGCUGGCCCUGCUGCCUGGGACCCAGGGGCUGCCUGGUGUUGGCCUCGCACCUUCAGCUGCCCAGACUGCCCAUCAGCACCCCCAGAAGCAUUUCACCCACGGCACCCUCAAACCUGCCGCUCACCUCAUCGGAGACCCCAGCAAGCAAGACUCACUACACUGGAGAGCAAACACGGACCGUGCCUUCCUCCAGCAUGGCUUCUCUCUGAGCAACAAUUCCCUCCUGGUCCCUGCCAGUGGCAUCUACUUCGUCUACUCCCAGGUGGUCUUCUCUGGGCAAGCCUGCCCCCCCGAGGCCACCCCCACCCCUCUCUACCUGGCCCACGAGGUCCAGCUCUUCUCCUCCCAGUACCCCUUCCACGUGCCUCUCCUCAGCGCCCAGAAGACCGUGUGCCCAGGGCCGCAGGGACCUUGGUUGCACUCGAUGUACCAUGGGGCCGCGUUCCUGCUCACCCAGGGAGACCAGCUGUCCACUCACACAGACGGCGUCUCCCACCUACUCCUCAGCCCCAGUAGUGUCUUCUUUGGAGCCUUUGCUCUGUAGAACCUGGAAAAAUCCAGAAAGAAAAAAUAAUUGGUUUCAAGGCCUUCUCCCUGUUUUGCCUCCAUUCUGACUGUUUCAGGGGUCACCACCGCCUCUCUUUCAACCAAUCCAAACAGUCUCAAGUCUCCCCCAUUCAAGUCACCUGGAGCUUUCAAAGAAGGAAUUCCAGGCACCCCAGGGAGCCGCACCUCUCUGAGCCACCACCCCCCCAUGUUCAGCCAGGAUUUCAAGCCUGCCUAGAAAUUCCCAGCCCAGAGCUGUGUCCCACCAGUGAGGCGCGGCCUGGGCCCACACACGGAGGAGGAGCAGGCACGUGGGGGAGCUUGGGGGGCUAUUUAUGAAGGGGGAAAUUAAGUUAUUUAUUUAUGGAGGAUGGAGAGAGGGGACUAGUAGAAGAACAUCAAAAGAGAGAGAGAGAAACCGGCCGGGAGAUGAAGAGCAAGGGGCAGUGGCACAAGGCUGACUGCGGGAAGCAGGUGUGAGGGACCGCGGGGCUCUCGGAGGCUGCGAGAGGCCCUGAGCGCCGGCUGCACGGCCA